AUUUUGACUGCACGCGACACUGAAUUAUGUCAUGACAAUUUGGCUACAUUUUAACUCACCUUUGACUUCGCUUUCACUUCCAUUUUGACCCAGAAAUGUCACCCAGACUACCCACAUGAGCGUACCCAAGAAUGGCCGAAGCUGAUGGACAUUCCAAUUCAAGGAAAACCAGUGGUUAUUCGUACAGCACAGUGAGCUCGAGUCUAGCUGACUUAGAAAUGGAGACGGACCCAGUUAGUAACAGCUCAACCUCCGGUGAUAAUUGUAUGUACUCCUUAUCGGUGGACGGGGCUAGCGGACCGCCGUCUGCAGCCUCGGCACUCCCUAAGACCACCACAGGCAUCGCUACCACCGCCAUUGGUGGCGUGGGAAACAGAAACCUCAAUAAUAUCAGCACUGCAGGGGGAGAUUUUCAGACUAAUCGAGAGUUACAGAGAAAGUACUCCAUGCACAUGAAUAAACGAACAAUGAAGAAGAUGAGUUUCCAAGGGAGGACGUACAACUUUCUAGAACGCCCCACUGGUUGGAAAUGCUUCGCCUAUCACUUUUCAGUAAAAAUUUUGAAACCUUCAAAGACCUUCAGAAGGAAAAGCCAGUGUUUGCUUAUUCGCAUCUUCAGAAGAAAAAAUGGAUACAACUUUCUAAGUAUAUAAUCCAAACUUCAGACUGGUGCUUUGCGUAUGGUGGUGUUGUUUUGCUGCUUCAGUAUAUUAGGAUCCUACUUAAACUUCUAGGCACUUCGUCAUUGUAUGUCGUAGUUAUUCAAAUCACUUGAUACAGUCACAGAGUUCAACAUUGGAUUACAAUGUAAACACUGAAUGGCAGUAUGCUGAAUGCUGAGUUUCUGCCGUAAUUAUUACCCAAGCCAUGACACUCAUAGUAAUGGGCCCUCAGAGCUGCAUGGAGUGACAAAAAGAGAUGAAGAAGAGACGGGAAAACGAAGAUUCAGUACGAGUGAGCGAGAGAAGCAAGUUGCUUAGAGAAAAGUCACGUAUGUGAGGCAGGAAACUUGAGACGGCACUCUACUUUGAAGUCAGGGAAUAACAGUGGAUGAUGAGAAUUGGUGAGAGCGCACUUCAUCCUUCUGCAAUUCAAUCAACGAGAUAAGAGUUUGCAUAUUUCUUCCUACUUGGAUUACCAGAUGGUUGGAGAAGGAAAAACACUGAUUAAAAUGUAAAAGAAAAAGCGAAAUGGUGAACCUAGGACAUUGUUGAACUGUUUAAAAUAAGCAGGUGCAUUCUUUGAAAAGAAAACUGUGGAUUUGGCCAUAUGGACUAUACAUACCGGGUAUAUCACUGGAAAGAGAUCUCAAAUAACAGUGUUUGAUAAUGUCACACAUUGUUUGACUUAAACGUACAACAUGAAUUAAAGAUGGCAAUUGUUGGCGCCACUGGAUAUAUAAAUUAGGAGUAUAAUUUCAAUCUGACUAAAUGAAUAGUUGGCUGUCUGUAUUUUUUCAUAAAAUUUGCAUGAGCUGACAUUGUUGAAACCUAAGUGGUUUUAUUUUUGCCUGGAGGAUUGUGCUCAUGUUUAUUGUAUUAUAAAUGUAGACGUGAAGAUUAUGUUGAAAUUUUCCCCUGAGGACAAUAGUAAUUUGAGUAGGCCUACACGUAUGUGCACCUUUUAAAAAUUGAUUGGCUUUAAAACAACAUUGAUUUGAUUACCAUUGGUAACAUGCACAGAACUUACUUCAAUUUCAGUUGAAAGGAAUCACUCUUUAGAACUAUGAAUGCUUUUUCGAGAUAUAAUUCUCUUAUUAUUGUAUUUACCACAUUCCUAUAGCAAUUAAAAGUGACAUCAGCAGUGUCCCAUACAUGUAUGUAUGUAUCUCCUGCAAGUGUUUGUCUACUCCACAGGAAAAUUCUGACUGUGUCUACCCCAAUCUAAUUUGUUGGAGUUUACAUUCCCCUACUUCUAACUUGUAAAUGUCAACCUAACCCAUGCCUUGUUUACUUUGAUAUUUUCCUCUGAACAGGUGGUUAAGGUCCAGGAGUUGAUUAACCCACAUCUUGCCCCUUCCUCCUUGCUCCUCCUUCUUCUUAAUGUCUCUCUGCCCUCUGCUUAUGAUAGCUGCCGGGCAGGAAUGGGUUCAUCUGUGAAAACCUCUGCAAAGCCUCAGUUGAUUACUUUCCUUGCUUGUUACUCCUGGUCUAACGUCAUUCCUGCAUUAAGCUGAUGCAGUAUGUGAAGUACGUAAAGUCAAGAGACAAGUCUCUUGCAUCUUGUGAGCCACUUUUAUUAUUAGGCAUGAGAUUUUUCAGACUUGGGACUUAAAUGAGACAUUUUGAAUUUGAGAAAAUUGAAUGAAUCUGAAAACAUAUUUCAGGCCUGUUAUCCAUUUUCAGACC